UGUUCGCGUUCACGACACAAGCCAAAGUUUCGAGUUUUGUUAGCAACAGCACGGCGCGCUUGAUUACCGCCCCGUAAGUAACUCCUCAGCGAAAUAUUGGCUGAACCAAAUAAAAACCAAAUAAUGAACCACCACAAAACGGUGGCAGGCAUUUGGUGGGGAGGGCCUGUUUAUCCGACACGCGUUCGACUUCCUGGCUGGAUGCCUGGGCGCGCUACGAUAAGUUGUUCGCCCCAGUACCACGUCUACAUCGACCCGGUUAAAUGAUACCAACCCGUGUGGCGAUGCCCCGAACCCGCUCAAAACACCGCUCAAAAGUUACGCUAUAAAUAUCCUGGCCCUGCUUCUACGAUCGGUACUACAGCUGCGGCAGCCACCAGCAAGCGAGGCAAACACACGCUAGCAAGCCAGCUUUCCGAUUCAUCAAUCAAUUCUACUGCCCAAACAUGAAAUCGUUUCAAAUCGCCACCCUAACCGUGCUGCUGGUGCUGUUGGCCGGUACCGCAUCGGCCAAGAAAGCGUCCACCAUCUUCGGCAUGCCGCUGCAGCAGGAUCCAGUGCCCGCCACCUCCACCUUCAUCGUGUCCGACUUUCUGCAGUUCCUGCAAACGGCCGUGACCUGCUUCAACAAGCUGCGAAUCCCAGAGGAACGGUUCCCGCUCUACCUGGCCGGCGUGUUCCCGAACUGUCCGGAAACGCAAUGCUUCGUGCGCUGCCUGUCCGCCAACCUGAACCUGUACUGUGACGAAACGGGCUCGGAUAUCGACCGGCACUACCUGCAGUACGGGCUGGGCCAGGACUACAACUGCUUCCGCCAGAAGGCCGAGCAGUGUCUGGCCGCUAACACUUCGCCGUGCAACGAUCCGUGCGAGGCUGCGUACAAGCAGGAGCUCUGCUUCCUCGACGAGUUCCGCAAGUACGUCGACUCGAACAUGAACUCGCUCAUCGCGGCCGUCGCUGUGGAAAAGGCCGAACAGAACCCGGUAUACUACAACAUGCUGGCUCACAACUAAGGUGACGCACUGUCGAACACAGGAAAAUAAACUAUAGUUCAUUAAAGUAAAACAAACCUUUCUGUUAUUGCAUUCAUUUACUUUGCGCAACCCGCUGUUGUUCAGCUGGUAGUCCAUGCGGCAGGUCGAUCGUGUUUAUGUCAGGGAGGCUCGACCAAUGCGAGUGUUUAGCCCACGACAGGCAUGUUGA